AUGGCUAACAAUUCAGAAGUAUGGCCUCCGAAACUCGAUGAAAAUCAAAUCAAAGAUCAUUCUGAUAUACCUGUUCAUCAUAAAACAGUUGAAGAAGUUAAUAAAGAAGUAUAUACGGCUCCAGGUGAUAUUUCAAAUAUAGCUGCUCAAAAAAUAUCUGCUGAAAAAAAUUCGUCGAAUGAUGCUGCUAAUUCUCAUGCUACUCAACCACAGCUAUUAACAAACGAAAGUGCCGUCAGUAAGGAAAGUGCUAAUCGACCAAAAUAA